GAGAAUCCAAAGCCAACUCAGCUGUCAGUGAGAGCCUGAGGCAGGGCUUGAGCCCACAAACUGCGGGAUCAUGACCUGAACCGAAGUGGGACGCUUAACUGACUGAGCCACCCAGGCACUGCUGAAUGUCGCCUCCGUUUAACUAUUCCCACACAGGGUGACACGGGGACGGGAAAGUAAAGGCAUGUAGCUCUCCCCCGAGUGUGGAGGUUGGUCCGCAGUAGCUGAGAGGGGCAAGAGGCUCUCCUGCUGGAUGUGGCUUUCCUGCUUGGAGCCAGGCCCCGAGCUUCUCGGUUUUCUCAUUAAAAGGAGCCAAAGCAUCCCUGCCUGGGUGCUCUCCCUCUCAGGGCUGUUGUAAGAUGAGAUCAGGGAUGUGAAAUGAAGAAGGAUCCCAGCUUGGCUUGGGCCCCAGGAAAUAGUCUUGCGGGGGUGGGCACAGAGAUGAGGAAUUUAGCAGAAGCGACGUUCUCAGGAGGAGAAUCCAGAACUGGCCUUUGGGGGUGGCGCUGGUGGGUGUGGUAAGCACCAUGCUGGGGUGCCAGGGAGUGGGUGGGGGGUGACGAACAGCCUCCUGGGCGUGGAGGUGUGUCUGGUUUUACCCACUACUGGAUCCUUAGCACUUGGGAAUGGCUGGCUCAGAGAAGGGCCAAAUAAAAGUUUUUUGAAUGGGUAAACGAGUGAUGUUAAGUGUGUAUACAGAGGAGAGAACAGGUAGGAAUAGCCUUGGUGGUCAUGAUGGGUGCUGGGGACAUGGAUGGACAGGAGGGUGUCCGACCCUCUUCCUUCCUGGCCACCUCAGCUCUCCUUGUUCAGGCUCUACGGGCCCAAUGCUCUCCCCAGCUGGAGCAGCCCGGGCCUCCCUGGUGGAUUCCAGAGGCCCCACCCUGGUUCCCAGCCUUCCGAGGCCCCCCUCCCCACCGGGCUCCUGAGGGUGCAGGCCACAGACCCCCUUCCGGGCCUGGUAGAUAUGCUGCGGGUGCCAGGCAUGACCUGCAGGCCUGAGCCAGCCUUUCCGCCCCCUUGUCUGCCCUAGCCCAGGCCUCCUUCACCCUAGGCAAAGUAACAGGUAGACUAGAGAGGCGUGGUCUCCAGGGUUCCUUCACUCUGACGUCCAGAGGUCUGCGAGAAGCUGAGGACAAACCCACAAUCACUAUCUUUCAGAGAAAGUGAAACCUGGUCCCCAACCGUCACCACGGCGACUCCCCCACCCUGGCUUCCCCUCUGAGCUCACAGCUUCCCCAUCUCCUCCGCCCCCCACACCAUCCCUCAACAGCUAGUACUUGGAAUUAGACUUUCAGCUUUCUUUUUUCCUUCAAAGGACUUUUGCCUUUUAUGUCCAUGACAGCAGCAGCUCUGUGAGCCUGAGCCAGGAAAUACUGUUUGAACCCUCCUUUUACAGGUGGGGCCUCUGAGGCCCAGAGAGGUUAAAUGACUUGCCUCUGGUCACACAGUAUGUCAGCCUGCUUGAGCCCUAACCUCCUGUUUCUCUUGCUUUAAGCACCUGUUUUCCCCCAGAAGACCCUGUCUGUAAAGAAAGGGCCUAGGUGUGGGCAAUGGGCCUGGGAUAAAGAAGGUUGGUUGCAAGGGGUUUGCAUGAUGGGAGAAAGGAGAUGGCUGGGAGCCCCACUGGGGGAUGCAGGUCCUGGGGCCAGAACCACAAUCUCGGGGCUGCCAGCCUGGGUCUGGCUCUGUGCCCAGAGCCCGGUGGUUUCCGCUCACAGAUGUCCCAACAGCCCCAGCAGGAGGGCGGGAAGGGCACUCAAGAAGGAAGAUGUCUCGGUCCCCUCAGUCCCAAACCACAGUGGCUGCUGAGGCUGAUGGCUCCUGGGCCGAGCCUGGCCUGCAGGCCCUCUGAGGCCCCAGUUGGCACACUCUCCCCUCUAUCCUGGGCACAGCUCCCUGCACAUGGCUCGGACCCCCAUGUUCCCUACUCAUCCCAGGAAGGCUGGGGCUGCGGUUUGCAUCAUCCUUGGGCGUGGGGCUGACCUCGAAGAACGAAUUCGAAGAAAACAGGAGGAGGAGCAGGCAUGCCACCGCACCCAGCGCCCAUUGGCCGCCCGUGGAAACUUUGGUUUUUGGGGUCAUGUUCCCAGAAGGCCUGCCCCUCCCCCCCCUCCGCUCCCCACCCACCUCACGAGGUGUUGGCCAAUCGCCCUGGCGGGCAUAAAGUGGCUGCUAGCCCGCAGGGCUCCCAGCCAGGAGGUGUCACCCCCAGCAGGCGCCGGCCGGAGCUCGGGCCCCCAGCAUGCGGGCACAGCUUAUGCGGAGGACGCAGCUCAACCUGGACACACGCCCAUGAAGACACCCUAGUCCCACGUGCAUGUGGUGCUCACGCGGACUCCCCUGCCCAAGCCCAGCAGCAGAUACCUGAGGAGGUGGCGAGGAGUGCCCUGUGGUCGCCGUGCCUGGGUGGCCAGCCCCUCAUCCUUCCCCAGGAGCUGAACGGUUCUUAGGAAGGGAACAUGGUGUCACUGCCUUCCGGGCCAUUGCGCCACAGGCCCCUUCCGACCACAUGGCUGCCGGUGCCUGGGGGGUGGGUGUGGGGAGGUUGGCCGGUAGUAAGUAUGCUCUUCCCACCCCGAACAUUCUGGCUCACGGCGUAUCUGGUGGGCCUGACAGAUGUGGGACAUGAAGGGAGAGAAGAGGAAGGUGCAAGAGGUCGAGGACAAUGCUGGCCUUGUGUGACCUGGGUCUGGUCCUCGGACUCCUGCUCCUGAGUACCCUGAGUACGCCGGCCAUGGGCAGCUGUUUGGACAACUACCAAGAGCUCCUUGGGCAGCUCCAGAAGCAGGCGGACUUCAUGCAGCACACCAGCAUGCUCCUGGACCCCUAUAUCAACAUCCAAGGCCUGGACAAGGAUGGUCUGAAGAAACACUGUCGGGAGCGCCCCGGGGUCUUCCCCAGCAAAGAUGCCCUGCAGCGGCUCAGCAGGCAGGAAUUUCUGCAGAUCCUUAACACCACACUGGGCCACGUUCUGCACAGACUGAGAACUUUACAGAAGGACAUCCCCAAAGCCCAGGACUUAGAGAAGCUAAAUAUAGCAAAGUUAAACAUUCGCGGGUUCAAGAACAAUAUCCACUGCAUGGCCCAGCUGCUUCCAGGCUCCUUGGAGAAGACUGAGUCCACUCCGACAGGCCCAGGGGCUUCUCCAUCACCCACCCCCAUCCCAGACGCCUUUCAGCGCAGGCUGGAGGGCUGCAGGUUCCUGCAUGGCUACCACCGCUUCAUGCACUCAGUGGGUCAGGUAUUCCGAGAGUGGGGGCAGAGCCCGAGUCGGAGCCGGAGACACAGCCCCCGCCGGGGCCUGCGGAAGGGGACGCACAGGACGCAUCUCUCCAUCAGGAACAAAAGACUCAUGCCCAGAGGAUGGCUGCCCCAGUAGCCUUAGGGGUACCCCUGGCAGAUAAAGGACUCACAGGUAUUCUGUAGGAUGGCCCAUCCCCGCCGGCCUCCAAACCUGCUCUCCUCUGUUCCCCACCCCCCUCAGAAGCGCACUUUAAGGGGUGGGAGCCAAGCAGGCCCCUCUACCUCCUCCAGGCGGGGAGGGUAGGGUUAGACCAUUUACCCCCCAGCCCUGAGUUCCCCAGUCUCGGUGGGGUGGCCAGGUCAGGCCACGCGGGGCUAACUUUCCAUUGAUUCAGGGGUCUGAUGACACAGGCUGACUCAUGGCCAGACUGACUGCCCCCCCUGCUCUGCUCCCCAGAGGCCUGUCGGCCCUUCCCUCUCAUGACUUGCAGGGCUGUUGACCCCAGACUUCCUCCUUUCCAUGGAGGCAUGGUUCCGAGGGGGAGGUCAGGGCCUGAGCUGGCCUCUUAUGCCUCAUUGCCAGUCUCAGGCCAGACACCUGGACAUCUGGGUGACCUCAUUUUAGGCAGCUGUGACACAGGCAGAGUGUCCUAGAAGGAGUGCUGAUCGGGGUAGGGUGUCUAAAAGUGGGGCUCAAGGGCCAGCUCAACCCCUCUCACUGUGUAGCCUCGGGAAGACCACCUUACCUCUCUGGACUUCAGUUUUCUUUUUGUGAUUCAAGAGGGCUGGGACCGUGUAAAGCCCUCUCUGCUUGCCAGUAGCUGGGAUUCUAUGACAUACAGUGGAUAUCAAAUGCAGUGCAAAUGGACAUGGAGUAAAGACCUAGUGUCUGGAAGUACCCAGUCUUGGGUCCUGGCUGCUGGCUCCUCCCCCUGGUGGUGCAUCAUGAAAUUUUCUCAUGCUGAAGCGAGGGAGUCCCAGAAGCUGCUGGGCCAAUUCUUUGCAGGGGUAUGAUUAAUUUAUCGAUUUUUAUCAGUUUUUAUCUGUUUCCUAUUUAUAAGGCUUAUUUAUGAUACGUAUUUAAUGUUAAUAUUGUGCCAACAUAUAUUUAAAACUUGCCUGGUUUCUAAAGUC